GCGACAUUUUUAAGCGGAGAGUUAACGACCCUUAAAAAAUUGCAUUUGUACUUUAAUUGUCACAUUUCAGGGAUUUUAGCGCAUGUACAAUUUAGUGGUGAUAGCCGGUGCAAAAUGCUCUAGUAAUAAAUUAGGCAUGGAUGUCCCGAUCUGUUCAGGAUGUCAUAAAAACAUAGAAGAGGAAGAAUGUGUCCAAGCUUGUGAUAAAGACUGGCAUAGUUCUUGCUUUAAAUGUUCGAUAUGUCAUCAGCAAGUCAAUGGAACAUUUUUUGAAAAAGAUGGUCUUGUAUUUUGUGAAAAAGAUUAUUGGAAUGAAUUUGGAGAACAAUGCCACAGUUGCCAACACAUUAUGUCUGGUCCUGUAAUGGUCGCUGGGGAUCACAAAUUUCAUCCUGAAUGCUUUAAAUGUGAUAAUUGCAAUAACUAUAUUGGUGAUGGAGAAUCAUUUGCAUUGGUGGAAAGAUCAAGGCUUUAUUGUGCAGCUUGCUAUAAAGAACAAAUGGCUCCUUUGUCCCAAAGAUUGCCUUUUACAAACGAACCUCAUAGUAUAAAACUUGUUGAAAUUCCUGCCCAUUCCGAAACUUCAAAUAAAAAAGUGAAAAUUUCAGUUGGUUGCUGUCAGAACCAAAAAAUAGAACGUGGGUUCCAUGAACUUCAUAUCUCAGAUGUUGUCCUUAAUAAAGAUUUGAUGUCACUGCAUAUAGGAGAUAGAAUUUUGGAAGUCAAUGGAACACCUUUGCAAAAUCAUUCCUUGGAAGAAAUCAAAAAAUUGAUACAUACCCGUGAUAAACCAGUUCAAUUAACAGUUGAGCAUGAGCCUGCAGUUUUAAUACGCUCACGUUCUAUGAAUUUUUCUUCCGAGGCUUCACAGUUCCUAACUAAGAGUGUCCCUAUGUGUUCCUUAUCUCACAAACCAACUGAACAAAAACUCCGUAGGUCAUCAUCUCUUCCACGCUCAGUUUUAAAGGAUUUUCAAGCAACUAAUUGUCAACAACAAGAUCUUACUCGCACUCGUUCUUUUAGGGUGCAACCAAGAAAUCAACAAAUAUUUCGUCCAUCUGAAUUAGUUUUGGGAAAACUCCUUGGUCGAGGGUUUUUUGGCCAAGCAUUUUUGGUUACUCAUAAACACACUGGUCAAGAAAUGGUCAUGAAAGAACUUUAUCGCUUGGAUGAGGAGGCUCAGAGAAAUUUUGUCAAAGAAAUAGCUGUUUUGCGUUCCCUUCAGCAUAAAAAUGUGUUGCGCUUUGUUGGAGUUGUAUAUAAAGACAAAAAGCUACAUUUAAUCACAGAAUACAUAUCAGGAGGAACUUUACAAGAUUAUAUUCAUAACCAUUCCAUAGAUAUAGCUUGGUUACAACGAAUAAAUUUUGCCAAAGAUAUUGCUUUUGGAAUGGCAUACUUACAUUCCAAAAAUAUUAUUCAUAGAGAUCUGAAUUCUAAUAACUGCUUAGUACGAAAAGAUAAAACAGUAGUAGUUGCUGACUUUGGAUUAGCUCGAGUUAUGUUAGAAAAGCAAGUGAAUAAAAGGCUUAGUGGUGGCUCCAAUACACGACGUCCUGAAAGAAAAAAACGGUAUACUGUUGUAGGAAAUCCCUAUUGGAUGGCUCCCGAAAUGAUGAAACAUAAGAAGUAUGAUGAACGUGUGGAUAUAUUUUCUUUUGGAAUAAUAUUAUGCGAGAUAAUUGGAAGAGUACCAGCUGAUCCUGAUUUUUUACCAAGAAGUUCUGAUUUUGGAUUAAAUGUGGCUGCUUUCAAAGAACAGUUUUGCCUUGGUUGUCCUGAACCUUUUGCUGAGAUAGCAUUUAAGUGCUGUGAUAUUUCUCCAGAUAAAAGACCUCUAUUCAACACGAUCAAAGGCUGGUUAGAGGGAAUGUCUAUUCAUUUAGGCAUUUCAAACCAGCUGCCUCAGGAACUUGUUGAUGCAAUUCUUAAUUUCAACUCCCAGUCUGGAGAUUUCCAAGAUGAUUCUAGUCAGGAGGUGUAUCAGUUGAAAUCUCCUUUUCCUCUCUUAAGAACAGUAAGUGAACAAGGAUCGUAUCGACUUUCUACCGAUUCAUCUUCUCCCACGAUAGAAAUAUGAAUAAAAAAUGGUAUCAUAGAGAAUGUAAAUUUUAGUGUGAAAUAACAAAUUUUAAAAAUCAUUUGGAACUUAAGACUUCAAAUGGUAACUAGAGCUUGUAUUUCAAAUGUCUUCAGUAUGUGUAAAUUUUAUAACUUGUAAUGAAUCAAAAGAGUGUUAAAUAUAUGUGUGUGUGUUAUGAUUAUUAUUACUUGUAACAAGUUUUGAUUGGUUUAAAAAGAAGUAUUCUUAAUUUGCUCCAAAAGAAUGAUCUGCUUUUGUUAAAAGAUGUAGGUUUUUGUUACAGUAUUCAAAUUUUAUACAUUAAGUGUGAGAUUCUUUGUCUGUUUCAAGAAUCAGAAUUAUGUAAUGAAAAUUUAAUUUUUCAAUCGUUCUGAAAACCACAGUGCUUCUGAGCUUCCAAUUUAUAUGCCUUCAACUGUUUAUAACAGCAACAUAUCUUGCAUUGUUCGACAUUAAAAAAAAAAAAUAUUUUUAGGGGGAAAAUACAUUUUCUCUGAAAUUGAAAAGUAUUUUUAUAUAGAACUUUUGAAAAGAACCUAUACAAAGGCAAAUCCCUGUUUCAUUUUUUGUGUGUAAUGUGCAACAUUUUAAGUAAGAAAUAUUUUACUUUUUACUAAUGAAGUCCUUAGAGAAAUAUAGUUUGCUUACAGGACUCUUAACCAUAAAAAUAUUCUUAGAAGAGAAAUAGUUUUUUAAUGAGAGAUUUAAACAGUGAAACAACACUGCUGUUUUUAGAAGAUCAUAAUUAGACAAUAGGAUAAUGUGCUCUAAAAAAUUGAAGUGCCACUUGAAAAAAGAACACGUUCAAAUAUAGUCCAAGCAUUGUUUAGCUUUUUAAACAUUUUUCAUUCCUUUACAAGUGCACAGAAAAUACCACAGUUACAGCAGAAUCUUUGCUCCUAGAGUAUCAUCAACAUAUUUAUUUAUACUGGGAAAUCAAUGGUUGAAGUUUAAAACUUUUACUGUCUUGAUCUUAAAAUACAGGAAAUAUUUUUCAGUAUUAUAUAAUGUUACUACAAUAAUUUGUAUUUUGCUGCUGUCUAUUUCUUUUCUUUUUUCUAGGAUCAUAAAUAAAUUAUUUGUUCUCCCUUCUAGAUAAAUAUUAAAAAUCUGGAUUGCUAUUUGAGAAAAUGUGAUCAUCACAUAAUAAUUAUGGUAUUAUCCACCAAAAUAAAAUUUUGUAACGCUAAUGAGAAGUUAUUAAUUUACAUGAUAAAAAUCAAAUGUAAUUAAAAAAAGCUCAUAAUAAUUUAAGACUUAAAAUUUAGAAACCAUUCAUAUUUCUUGAAUGGUAAUGAAAUUUGAGAAAUUAAAGAUGCAUAUUUUUCUAAAUGCAGAGAGGGUCGCUUACAAUAUUACUAUAUUAUUUGCACUAUCAAUGAUUAAAAAUACUGAAUUUUCAGUGGGGAAAAAAAGUUAUUAAAUUAAAGUUUAUGUUCAAGUUUUCUAAUGUUAAGAGUCUGUUUGAUAUGUUUCAUAGAGAAAUGCAUUCAAUCUCUAAUUGACAGGAAAACCAAUGCCUUAUCAUCUAAACUGUUUAAUUUUGAAGAUAAACCAUUGCUUUCCUUCGUAAAUUUUAUUUUUAUUGCAAAGUUUAUAAUGCUUUUGUAUGGUUUAGGGGAACCUUCAGCAUUCCAAGUACCAAAGUACACUUUACGUAACACUUUCAGAUGACCACAUUGUUCUCACUGUAUCACCUGUAUUGUAUAAAUUAACAGUUCAACUUCUUGAGGCAGUUAUUUACUGUUUCCUUGAAGUGAAGAAAAUCAUUCCUAAAAUAUUAAAUUUUGUGAAACCUUGUGUAUAGCUUUUGUAUUGAAUUAUUACAUGUGUUUUUUGUAUGCAAAUUUAUUUUUUUAAAGUUUUUAAGUAAAUUUUUAUAGCACUUUUGUUGCCAGGGUUUAUGUGCCUUCUUUCUGUCAUUUCUAUUAAUUCUAAGCUGAUUUUAGUGUCAUGAAAAUAUGUAUUAUUGUCUGUUUCUUAAGAAGGGUAGCGGCACCAGUAACAGACAUGCUUAAGACAUCGCUCUCUCAGGUUAACUCAAUUUUCUGAGCCUCUUAAUGUAUUUAGACUUUUAAAACUAUUUUUCUCUCGUGCAACUACUUCUCAUCUAACGUUUGGCUGCCUCUAGAUCCUCUGAAUUAUUUAAUUCUAAUUUUAUUUGCUCAGUUUCGAAAAAAGGUCCAAACCCCAGUAACAGACACCAAAAGUUCUGAUGGUACCCUGCAACAGAAAGGAUGAGGAAAGGAUGGGUAAUGGACAAAAUUCCCUUUUUCUUAUCAAAAUGUGCAAAAUUUCUUUAUUUUUAUAUACCUUUAAAGCCUUAUUUAAUUCAAAUGAACAUGAAACACCAGCUGACCUCGUGGUGGCUGUUCAUAACCUUCCACCACUGCCUUGUAAAUACCAUCUGGCUCAUAAAAUUCACUCUGAUAACACUAGAUUAUUGCACCCUUUUCAUGGGCCACAGCAAUGUCAGUUUUACCCACCAAAAAUUCUUAUUAUUUAAAUCUAAACUUAUGACUAUCUGUUACUGGACCCUUGUGUGUUGCUGGUGUGGUUACCCUAUAUGUUGUAAAGUUUGUUAAAAUGCAAAUAUAAGGGACCAAAGCAAAAUCUUUAAAUAAGUUUCUAUAUACUUUUAGGCGGAAGUUUCACUUAAAGUUUUCAGGAAAAUAUAGAUCCUUUUUUAGAGAGAUUUGAUGGCAAAUGUUCAGUUGUAACAAUUGUACUACUUAUACAAAUCAGUAUUAGUUUUUGUGCAUGUAAUUUGAAAUUCCUUACUAUUCAGUAUUAUUCCUAUUUCUUGCAUUGUCUUUCAUUUUUCCUUCUUUUUGUUAUCUUCAAGAUGUUCUAAAAAUUGUAAAGUACAACAAAUUUAAGAAAAAAAAUGGGCAAAAAUUAUAUUUGCUCAUUACAAA